CCACGUGGCGCUGGCGGUGCGUAGCCCCGCCCGCGUCUCGCGAGCCUUAGUGCCCACGCGUCUCACUCAGCCCUCGCUAGUGCAGGGCAGCCGAUGACCGGCGUUCGUGGCAACGUGGCUCCCCUCCCUUCAGCGCACCGGUGCCUCUCUCUCUCUCUCUUCCGACGGUGCAGCCUACAGCCCUCCGUGCCUCCUGCUCUCAGCUCCGAUGCCCUAGAGCCGGGCUUCCCCUUUCCCCUGCUCUGAGUCCCCCACCCGGCGUCCUCCUGCUCUCGGCACCCCUCCCCUGUUCGCUUCGAAUGAUUGCACUUCGCUAACCCUUAUUGCCCAUUCGAGAGCGUAGAGCUAAUGCGUUGCGCUUAUCGAACGGGGUCUAUGGUUGAUCUGUGACCACCUCGGGCAUUUUGGAACCUUGAUGCCUUCUAGCGCCUUUCACAAUACUGCUAAUGUCGAGGCAGUAGUAAGUCUGGAUGCAUUGCAUUUUUCGGAUAGGAAGAAAAGAUGUUGUUAAGAGCAGAAGACGCAAAGGAUUGGUUCUACAAAGGAGAAGGAGCUGCCAAUAUUGUCCUGGGUUAUUGUGGCUCUUCCCUCUCGCUGGUUGGUAAGGUAUUACGGAUUCAAAAGGUUAUAAAAGGCAGAAGCCGGUCUCCAAAUGGAUGCUUGGUCCUAUCUAAUCAUGAAAAGCUAGUAUGGAGAGACAUUGGUGAACUCGUGGAGUGCACUUCAAAAGAUGUUGCUGCUAGAGCUUUUAUUCAACAUGUCAUGAGUAAUCUAUUGGAUUCCAAGCAUGUAGAUGCUGGUAUUCUUGUCCAUGUUUCCAAGGAAUUCUUGGAGGCUGUUGAGGGAAAUAUUAAGAGUCAACGUCCUCCAUGGCGGGUUGAUGCAUCCAAAAUUGAUGUACUGCACGAAUCUGCGCUUCUUAUUUCUGACCAUUCAAUUUUUAGUGGUACUCCAAAACAUGACCUCUGCAUUGCAGUAGAAAUAAAGCCAAAAUGUGGGUUUCUCCCAUCUUCGGAAUACAUAGUGGAGGCAAAUGCUGUUAAGAAACAUGUAACGCAAUUUAAAAUGCAUCAAUUCUUAAAACUUCAUCAAGGAAAGAUAUCACAGAUAAGUCCGUAUGACCCACUUGAUCUAUUCUCUGGAUUAAAAGAUAGAAUACAUCUGGCCAUCACUGCAUUGUUUGCAUGUCCUCAGAAUAAUUUCCGUAUAUUUUUUAAUGGCUCUCUUAUCUUUGGAGGAUUGGGAGGUGGCUUGGAUAACACAGUUGUCCAAUCUCAUAAAGCAGAAGAGGCAAUUGUGGAUCUGAUCUCCCCUAGUGGCCUACAGCUAGCUAGCUUUCUUGAGCUUGUAGCUGAGGCAAUCUUCAGGUCUGGGAUUUUAGAUAAGCUCUUAGAAACUCAACAAUUGGAUGUUUUGGACAUAGAAGGGGCUAUUCAUGUAUAUUACAAUAUUAUUUCUCAGCCUUGUGUCGUCUGCAAAAAUUUAAUUGAUGCAGAGCUUUUGCAUCAGUAUUCCUUCUUGCAUUCUCUAUCAUUGGAGGAGAGCCUGAAAAUUGUUAGGGGAUAUCUUAUAGCUGCUACUGCAAAAGAUUGCAGCCUGAUGAUCAGCUUUAGCCGCACUGAAGAUGGACAUAACGCAUCUGAUUGUAAUUCUGCAUCCCUCAAAUCAUCGAAUCAAUGCUAUAAUUACAAGGCUUGCUUUAUUGACUUGGAUUUGAAACCUCUGGAGAAGAUGGUUCAUUACUAUAAAUUAGAUCAGAAGAUAGUUGAUUUCUAUAAAACGAGUGGGGAGACUGAAGGAAAGCCAAGCAUUCUGGAAGUGGAGGCCCACCUGGAGAAGAAGAACUAAAUACUAGUGGUUAAAAGUUAUCUUCCAUUCGGCAUGUGUGGAAGAAGAGUGGCCAACAACCCUUAUAUCGACGGAGAUGUCUACAGUUAUGGAAUACUUUUGUGUAUCGGAGACGUUCAGGAGGAAGAGACCUACUGAUGCUGCUUUUGACGACAGUCUCAGCCUUCCCUGCGACGUCGAGAUGGCACUCCGGGUGACGCACACACUCGGAUCAUGGAUUGCAUCACUGAAAGAGCACUCCAUCAAUGAAUUAAUUGCAAUCAGGAAAGCAUUGUUUGACCUCAAAUUAAAUCUUCAAGUGAGGAGAUAUUCCAUUGGUUAGUAGGUAGUUAAGCUUCUGUGCACAUAAACUAUGUAGUGCUUUUAUAUGGAAGUAAUAAAUUGCAGAAAACAAAAUCCAGAGAUGGGAUCAUCAA